AUGAAUGCGUUUUCACCUCCAGUAAUUGUAGUCUCUAAUGGAAUUGACAAAAACUCAAACGAAAAAUUCAAGCUCCCAAUUCCAAAUCGCUUAAAUAGCAAUUCCAGUUUCGAAAUCAGUCCUUUAAAUAUACAUGAUAAUGAUAACUCGCGAACAAAUGAUAUUGACGUUGAUUCACUUAACAGAACUAAUUCUACCACAUAUAUGUAUUUAAUCGGAAGGCUCUGCAGAUGCCUUGUAAGCAUAAAUGAAAGAAACAAAGUUGCUCCCAAAGGUAGGUCAAAGUACGAGAUCAGUAGUUGUAAUUUAUCUGGAGUUUAA